AUGGAAAAAGCAAGACCAUUCGUGCAGUUUCCCAAUGUCGUCUUUGGACACAGCGACCGGCCGGCGGUCGGUAUCGUGAAUCACGUCUCGUCGUCGUCGGGCACGCGGACGAUGUGGCUGAACGAGAACGUCACUCCACCGGCAAGGCCUCCUGGUCGACCACGUCCGAAAGAGGGCCCCAAGAAGCCUCCCAAGGAGUUUCGCAACGUGCACGUCUCGUUCAAGAAGAAGCAAGCUGUUAUCGAUAGUUUCGACGAGAUCGCUAUGGCAGCCACGUUCAUGAAGCACUUUCCUCACCUGCGGGGCCCUCCACUCGACACAACUCGCUUGGCUCAAGCAACGUGCUCACAUUAA